AUGACGACAAUUGACGUUGAUCGCAAUGCACCCGAGACUCCAGUAUGCGACGCUGACAGACUCGACGUUCCUGGCAUCGUAGAGAGCUACAUGCUCAUAAGGUCCGUGAAACAUGCAAUGGACGAGCAACUUCUCAAAAAUCUGCAAGUUACGUGUCUUAUUAACGCUGAGAACCCUCGGAAGCGCUCGGAACACCCGGAGUUGACGGUAAACCCGACGAUCGAAACGGGAAGCAUCGAACUGGACGACGAUUUCUCCUACGACGAGUUCAAGAGCAACAUAACGCACGCUAACAAACUCAUCCAGAUCGCUCGCUCGGACAAUAAGACGGUCUUUGUCUUCUGCACUCACGGUAAUAACGAGAGUGCAGUGGUGUGUAUCGCCUACCUCAUGGUAGUCGAGCAGUGGAGUCUCGAGCACGCGUGA